UGGAGCGGGGGUGGCUCUCUUUCAUUCUUCGCUGUCUUGGUAAAUAGGAUGGAGGCGCCGGUUGUUCUCAGCGCGGAGUUUUUGCGGGAGCGGCUGUUGCAGGGCCUGGAAGCCGAACAUGUGGAGGUGGAAGACACAACCCCUGGACGCUGUGCCACAAGUUUCAAAGUCCUGGUAGUUUCCCCACGAUUCCAAGGAAAACCGCUGCUUCAGCGGCACCGGCUGGUCAAUGAAGUCUUAGCAGAGGAGCUGAAACACAUCCAUGCCUUUGAGCAGCGAACUCUAACGCCAGAACAGUGGGCAAAAGAACAAGAAGGCAAGUGAGAGCUGCACCCUCUUCGGACAGGAAGACCAGAAUAGCUCCUUGAGAAGAGGAGUCAACAGUGGGAUGAAUAUAUGAUGCCGAUGUAGGACACGUCCAUGGCACUAGCCACCCCUCCACCUCCAGCCCGGGAAAGCUAAGAGGACUUGAAAGAAAGCUUGCAGCAGCAAAUAAAAAUUGUUCCUUGGGUA